UCUCUCGCGAUCAGUCUAACCAUAACCGUCCUCGGUGACGAGUCGAGUUCGAUCGAAUUCGUUCUCGCGUCUCCCUUUUCCUUCUUUAGGAAUCAUCGAUUACAAAUAUUACGAGUGAUAUUAGUGAUCAUUAAAUUCUUGAAUCUACUAUCCAUCUUUGAUAUCAAUUUCACCUUUUAUUUUUCUCAUCUCGUAAUAGAACGAUGGGAAGAACGUUAUCGACAACGGUUGCUUGCAAAGUUUGCGGCGACCGAUCCUAUGGCAAACAUUACGGAGUUUACUGUUGCGACGGUUGCUCGUGUUUCUUUAAGCGAUCAGUGCGCCGUGGUGCCCUCUUUACUUGCAUAGCUGGCAUUGGAGCAUGCUUCGUCGAUAAAGCGAGACGUAAUUGGUGUCCAUAUUGUCGCCUGAAGAAGUGCUUUACCGUUGGCAUGAACACGGCAGCCGUUCAAGAAGAGAGAGGGCCACGCGUUCGAACCAAGAUCGCAGCCGUCGCUCGCGAUUUCUUUCGCAUUUCGUCGUCGUCGCCGACGCCACUGCCACCACCGGUAUCUCUUUCCUCGUCGGAAUCAGGAAUCGCAACGGCCAUUUUAACAACGAAGAAUACAGUGAUGCGAUACCACGCGAGCAACGCUAGCGUCAAUACCGCCGGAAUCUCUUCCUCAUCGACCAGACAAAUCUAUUCUCCUCCUCAAUCUCCCAAGAUUCUUUCUACCGGAGAUACGAUACGAUAUGAAAUCGCGGCUCGGAUAUUCUUCGCGACUGUCCUAGCUGCUCGACAACAUCGAGAAUUUUCUAUGCUCGAUCUGGAGGAACAGAAUAAAAUUCUUCGAAGAGGAUGGGCUGCGGCGUUUGUUCUACGAGCCGCGAUCUGGCCGAUCGAUCUGACCAAUUUUCGAAAUACGAGCACAUCCAACGACGACACCGUGAACGAUGCUAUAUUCGCGGCAAGAGCCGUCAUCUCUAGCUUACAACCUGAUCGAAUCGAAUUCUCGGUUCUGGAAACCUUGAUUCUCUGUCGACCCGAAAUCGCUGAAACGAUGAAUGGCAUUCGUUUAACGUCGCGGGCAAUGGACACCGCGGUGGAAAUUCUGGCUCGGCAUCUUGCUGGUAAAACCGAAUCAUCGGUCAGAGUGGCCAAACUUAUGCUCAUCCUUCCUAUUUUGACUGCUUCCUGUCCCCGGAAAUUAGCCAACGAUCUUUUUGCACCUAUUAUCGGAGACAUUGAUCUUGAAAAAGUAAUCGCGUCUGUGCGUUGAUUCUAUUUCUAUCUUUUUUUCUCUCAAGGAAAUCUAGUCACAAUUAUGUAAUUCUAUUUUUCUUAAUUCUUUUCUUUUUGAACUUUAUCGUGUAUCUUAAUCGAAUACAAUUCUGGUGUAUCGUUCUCGAUGUAUUCAUUCAUCAUUUAUUGAAAUAACUAAUAUAUUCUAUGUAUAUUCUAAUUUCCUUAACCUCACUUUUUUAAUUUAGCAUAAUACAAUAUCAAUUGAAGAACGAACAUUGAAUGAAGAAAUCGUCAUUGGCUUUUAUUUUCUUUGGCACUUUAUUGACAUAAAUGUAACAAUCUUAUGUUGCAUAAUAUGUACAAUUAUUUAUAAUAAUAUGGCGCAUUGAAAAACACGAGAAAGAAGCAUAUCAACUUUUAAUAAAAGUUUGCGGUGAUCCUUUA